AUGGAAGCGAAUCAAUGCAAAAUAAAAGUUCUUAUUUUUUGGUCGCGAGCUGCCAUCGAGCACCGACGUCGGCGCCGGCAGGAGCAGCGCGAGCGGCCCCACCAGGAGCAGGAGCAGCAGCCGCAGCAGCACCGAGUGCGUGGGCGA